AUGAAUGAAGAAAUCGACAAAUCAGCUGCUGGUUUCCGACACUGUGACGGCUUCAGGCAUCUCGCGAGCGAUCAAUUUUUGCAACUCGAACUGGCACCAUUACUCAACAGGAUCAUCUCACCUCCUCUGCGCCCAGUCAACGGUCAGGUCAUCCGCCCACACGAGUGGGCGAUACUGAGCCGGCUGAUUGAUAUCAUGGUAGCUCUGGAGCUUCGCUUCAUGCAAGAGAACGCAGAAGACCGCCAGCUCGUCUACAGACUGGACCCCCCGAUAGACGUGUUCGUGUUCGUCACCUAUGACGGCGAACGAGCUACUGACAUCUCCGUCUUGCAUUAUGCUUUCAGACACUUGGUUGUGGCAGAGGCUGUUGGUCCGGAGCUGUCCCUCGGCACGCGGCUUCUCACCACGGACGUGUUCAAUAUGGCCGAGGGCUGUGCAAACCUGAGCAGCGUUGUGAACGACGUCCUUUCUUUCGCGAGCCCGUACGUUAUGGCCGAGGGCUGUGCAAACCUGAGCAGCGUUGUGAACGACGUCCUUUCUUUCGCGAGCCCGUACGUCGUCGUCCAUACCGAGUGCACGACAAGCGUCACCCCGGGGUGGCGGAAUUCGCUCUGGCAUCUGUUGAUCAAGGCCUUGUUCGGCUUCAAUAGCACUCUCAGCGGCGCGUAUUUCAACGAGGGCGGUGUGUACGAGCCCAAUCAUACAUACUCGUACUGGGGCGACAGUUACCUGCGCCUGCUCUCUAUCACGCAGCAAUAUGACCCCCAGGGCCUUCUCUAUUGUUGGCAAUAA